CCAAACAUGCAGAAUGGCUGCCUUCACUAAAGGAGUGUAGAUGUGCAACUUAGCAAAGAAAAGUCUGAAAAAUAACAACGACUCCUUUUAUAUGGCAAAGAUGGCGGUUUGGUUAGCAGUGCUGCUAACGUUGGGAGCCUUGACUGAAACGGCAAAGAGCUUGUUUUACCUGGACAUGGCUCUGGACUCCGUGGACGACGCGUACGCUGGCUGCGAAGACGACAUGGAGCGUAAAGUGAGGACCGACUUUCUCCCGAGUGAGAAAAACCAAGACACAAAUUUCUCCUUGGCCUGGAGCGAAGCAGAGAAACACUACAACGAGAAAUGGAGACCCAAGCGCGGGAAGCCCCCCUCCAGGACCCUGGCAAAAGAGGAGAUCAUGGCCGUUUAUGUUUACACGACGGACAAACCCGAAGUCUACCCGGAGUUCAACGACGCCGUGAGAACUCAGAAGGUGACGUACAAAACCGCGUUCAGGUACCACGCGCUGCACUUCUUCCUCACAAGAGCCCUGAAGAGACUCGGCGCGCGCAGAGGCGCCCUACAAAGAUGGCUGACUGGCUAUCGAAGGGUCGACGGCUACUUCAGCCAAGAUGUCCUCAACCAGCAGAUUCGCUUCGGCUCUUUUACCUCCAGCUCGCUGCUCGGCUAUCGGCGUCCGCACAGGUUUGGUGACAAAACGUGCUUUGAGAUUUCCACCCGUUUGGGAGCAGACGUCUCAUUGUACUCCAAGUUUGGGGAGUCGGAAGCAGAAGUUUUGAUCCCACCGUAUGAGGUAUUUAAAGUGACGCAGAUUAAGAGGAGAUCUGAACAGGAGAGCCUGCCGUGCGACGUGGUGUUUAAACUGGAGAGCACGCAGAAAGCUUUGUCCAACCUAAACUGUGCUCUACUUUGACUGGAGCCAUGUUGCGAUUCAAAACCGGAUGUAAAUGUUUUUUGGGUUUUUUUAAAGAAAGUUUGGGAAGUAAACUGUUGAAAUAAAUUUUCACAAUUCAACGUCAA